AUGGGUCUUGAUCCAAGAGACUUGGUUUCCUUGACACACACCUUCUUCAAUACGAUUUACAAGCAUUAUCGUAAUGAAACACCUGAUACCACCUGGGACCUCAAGCUGCACCUUUCUGUCGAACUUUUGCGCUGCUUGCUGCAACACAGUAAGCACAAAACCAUAGAGACCCAUCAAAAGUUUACCGCUGGCACCUAUUUCGUCGUUCCCCCGUCAAUCCUCGUUCAAAAGGCCACCGUCCCCGAGACCAGCAGGUCACAAGCAGAAGAUAUAUUGGCAGGAUUGUUGAGUGGACAAGAAGAGAGUAUCGGAUGGAGGUGGAGAGAAGAUCCGAUGCGGCAGAAACCUUUAAAAGCCGAGUGGAUUGAAGAGAAGAAGAGAAAACAGACUUGUGAUGUCGAUAGAGUUAUUCUAUACGUGCAUGGAGGUGCUUAUUGUAUUGGUAGUCCGGCACAGAGUAGAUUUAUCGUGAACAAGGUCGUUAAAGCUGCUGGAGCUCGUGCUUUUAGUGUCGACUAUCGAUUGGCACCACAGUCUCCCUUUCCGGCUGCAGUCAUCGAUACGCUUGCUGCUUACUUGUAUUUAAUACAACCACCUGCAAAUUCGGGUUUGAAUCCCAUUAAUCCCAGUAAUAUUGUAAUUAUGGGUGAUUCGGCUGGUGGAGGUUUGUCAUUGGCUACCAUGUUAAUACUCCGCGAUGCCGGUCUCCCCCAACCAGCAGCUUGUGUCUGUUGGUCUCCUUGGGUAGAUUUAUAUCACUCUCUUCCGUCCGUUCUCGAGAAUUCCGCGACCGACUAUCUGCCAAAUGGCAUUGUUCAUAAACCCUCUCCGGCUAAUCCAAUCAAAGACUACAAAAACUUUCAAGAGAGAUUGAACAGGAUUCAGUAUUAUGCGUACAACUCUGCACUGGAUUGUCCGUAUGUGAGUCCUCUGCUGGCAAAAGAUUUAGGCGGGCUCGGGCAGUUGUACGUGACAUGUGGCAAUGCUGAAAGACUGCGCGAUGAAGCAAUUCUCUUUGCUUACAAAGCAUCAAAGACAUGUUCAGAUGUAUUUGAAGGAGAGAGUACUAAUGGUCAACAUGAACAUGAGCCUACCAAAGUCACUCUGCAUGUGUACGAUGCUAUGCCACACGUAUUCCAGAUCUUUGGUUUUCACCCAGCGGCAACAGAUGCAGUCUCUCGUACUGCCUCGUUUAUCCGGAAUGCAAUUCCCUCCCGUCCAUCUAGUCCUGGGAACCGUUCACCAGAACGUCGUAGUAAUGAAGACCUCCCGUCUUCGCUAUACGGGGUUGAAAUUCAUGUCAACGAUGCAAGACAAGACGAAGACGAGGACGAGGACGAGUUUGUAAGCGAGGAUGACUUGAUGCUGAUUAAAAGAAUAUCAGUAAUCGGAAAGAGCAGGGAAUUUGAAGGAAUGGAGAAGCCAAAGUUGAGAGAAUGGGUUGAUACAUUGGGAAAGUUACCUGACUUUACCAAGAAUCCAGAGAUAUUCAAUAAUCUUUUAAAUGUUUAA